UCAUUUAAAAAUGAAGUUGGCAGUACUGCAACAAUAUUAUUUGUUGAGCCCUAAAAAUAUCAACAGAAAAUCGGUGUUUUUAUUGCUUUAAAGUGAAAACAUAAAUAGUCAAAACGAAGAACAAUAAAAUACCACCCUUAUCUGAAAACAAACCAGGAGAAGGCGCUAUGCCCCCGAAAUACAAGUUUUCAGAAGGUGAAAAAGUGUUAUGCUUUCAUGGUCCACUCAUUUACGAAGCGAAAUGUUUAAAAGCGAUGGUAACCAAAGAGAAACAAGUAAAAUAUUUCAUUCACUACGCCGGAUGGAACAAAAAUUGGGACGAAUGGGUGCCGGAAAGUCGGGUUUUAAAGUAUAACGAAACCAACGUAGCCCGCCAAAAAGAGGUUCAAAAAGCUCAUUCAACGCAGCCGGUUAAAUCGAAAAAAACCGUUACUAAAAAGCAAAAUAAAACGGAACAAAUCGCCAAAGAGACUGAUUCAAGAGCAAGUACGCCGAACAACGAGGUGACAUCUAAAGGGGCGAAAAAUAAGAUGCCAAGCACGCCGUCGAGUAGCCAAGAUUCUAGUUCGGAUGUGCCUAAAAAGAAACGAGGUCGUCUCGAUCCAUCUGUUGAGUCAGAAGAGCAAUUUUUGAGUAAGGUUGAAGUGAAAGUAAAAAUUCCUGAUGAAUUAAAACCUUGGUUGGUCGACGAUUGGGAUGUGAUUAAACGGCAAAGAAAAUUGGUUAAUUUACCUGCCAAAACAACGGUUGAUGAAAUUUUAGAAAAUUAUAUAAGUUAUAAGAAAUCAAUAAAAUCAAAUAAUUCAAGUAAAGAAUCAGCUACAAUAGAAAUAGUUAAUGGGCUUAAAGAGUACUUUAAUGUUAUGUUAGGAACCCAACUUUUGUAUAAGUUCGAGCGGCCGCAAUACGCAGAGAUUUUACAAAAUUAUCCAGGACAACCUAUGUCAAAAAUUUACGGCGCCAUCCACCUUUUAAGGUUAUUUGUUAAAUUAGGUUCUAUGUUAGCUUAUACUCCAUUAGAUGAACGAAGUAUUCAGUUAUUAUUGCAAAACAUACAAGAUUUUCUAAAGUAUAUGAUUAAAAAUAGUGCCACCCUCUUUAAUUUACAAGAUUAUGUAAACGCCCCCCCUGAAUAUCAUCGGAAGGCACUAUGAUAUAAGGAUGAAUAAGAAUUUUCAAAAAGGUUUUAAAAAAAGAUUUAUCAAAACAAUUCAUUUUCUUAAUUUAUCAUUAGAUAGUUAUUCUGUUAUUAAUAUGAUUCGAAUUAUAAUUGAUAUUCCUAAAUAUAAAAUUGAAAAAAAA